GGCUGAGCAGGAAGUGCCUGACUGUGGACCCUGGAAGGGAGAAAAGAGCACCGAAAAAAUGCAAAAGAAAUUAAAAACAGAAAUGGUGGAAGACUUGGGGGCGAGUAGACUCUAUCGGGCACCGGGUGAAUCAAGUCACCAGCAGCCUCAGAGGUGGUUCAACGCAGCCGACAUCACAGUGGCUCACCAGAGCAGCCUGCUGAAGCAGCUCAACCAGCAGCGCCGCCAGGAGCUCUUCUGUGACUGCAACCUGCUAGUGGAGGGUCAGCUCUUCAGGGCCCACCGCAACGUCCUGUUUGCCAGCAGUGGAUACUUCCGCAUGCUGUUGUCCCAGGGGCCAGACGGGCUAGCUGACUCUGUUGACGCCACUUUCGAUGUCUUCAGCCCCGAGACCUUCACCGUCAUCCUGGAUUUCAUCUACUCCGGGCAGCUGGACCUCUCCAGCCACAAUGUGAUCGAGGUGAUGUCAGCAGCAAGCUACUUGCAGAUGAACAAUGUCAUCAACUACUGCAAGAACUUCAUAAAAUCCUCCUUGGACAUCAGCGUGAAGGAUGAAGAGAGUGAGCGCUGCCCCAGCGUUUCUGAGACCUGCAGUUUCACCAGUGGAGCAGGGGAUGAGACGUUAGAGCAGCAGCAGCAGGGCCCCAGCUCUGUCAGCCCACCACCUGCGCUCUGGACCCGGGACAACUCCAGAUCACAAUCUAGCUUUAUAGGGAAGGACUUAGACCAGGAGUCAUCGGCCUCUGUGAUGAAGACUAACCCGAGCAGCCCUGCUGAGGAUCUCCAUGCAGAGGCAGAAGACCUGCAUGACCCUCAGGAUCCUCUGUACACCCUGCCUGGAUCAGAGCGCCGGAGAGGUAAAGGGGGGACUAAGAGGAAAGUAGGGUCCAACAGCAAUCGCUCCAACCAACCUGAGGACUUAGACAUGCAGGAGGCCAGGACACAAAAGGCUGAGAAGGCAGAGGAGCUUUAUGCUACUCUGCCACCUAUUGUGGGUGUUAUUGGACACUUCAAUAAAGACUCCAACGCCAUUAUGCGCUUCAAAUGUCCCUUCUGCACACACACAGUGAAGAGGAAGGCAGACCUGAAGCGACACCUGCGCUGCCACACUGGAGAGAGGCCGUACCCCUGUCAGGCCUGCAAUAAACGCUUCACUCGCCUGGAGCACCUUCGGAGCCAUUUUGAGACGAUCCAUCAAGCCAGGAAGCUGGUGUGCAGGAAGUGUAAGUGUCAGGUGACGGAGGACACUGGGCAUGUGGUGUGUGAGGGCACACGAAGAUACCGCAUGUGCACCGCGUGCAUCCAGGAAGUGGAUUGUGAUGACAUCCCCAUGGACAGUCUUGAUGGCGCCAAUGAGGAGCCGGCACUACUGUUGGGGGUUGACGGGGAGGAGGAAGGGGACAGCAAAAGGAGCUGGAUGGUAACUGAUGACGAUGACUUGGCUGAAGAUUCGGGGGCCGACCUCAUCAUCCAGCAGGUGGAUGACAGUGACGAGGAGCUGGAGUGAAAUAGAACCAAAAUGUGUGUGUGUGUGUGUGUGUGUGUGUGUGUGUGUGUGUGUGUGUGUGUGUGUGUGUGUGUGUGUGUGUGUGUGUGUGUGUGUGUGUGUGUGUGUGUGUGUGUGUGUGUGUGUGUGUGUGUGUGUGUGUGUGUGUGUGUGUGUGUGUGUGUGUGAG